AUGGAUGCAAAGCUGAACGAGUUAACUGCGAAAUUAAAGGCACUCAACCUGACAGUAACCAAGGUUGACGACGCCGUGACAAAGCGCGAAAAGGAAUCCUUGAAACGAAUCGAAGCAUCACUAACGAAGAAAAUUAACGGCAUUUAUGACCUAAAGGAGGAAAUCGAAGAAAUGAAAUUCCUAAACCAGGAGAGCGACGAUGAUGUGGAAACUUGGGCUACCGAAACGGAGAAUAAAUUGAACGAUGCUAAAGGGAAAAUUGAACAGCUAAAGCAAGUGUUAUCUGACAUCGAGAACAACGAGACAAUUAUUGAACGAGAAAGGGACGAAGCGAUAAGGCGCGAAGUCAUCAGAGCGGAGACGGAAAAACAAGUAGCGAUCGAGAAAGCGAGAAUCGAACUAGAACGUAUACAUAAGGAAGAAGAGCGUAAACGAGAUUUAGAACACCAGGACUUCAUUUUGCAACAACAAAAGAAAUUCGGAAAGGCGCGGGAAUCAGACGUGGAGAGCACCAAGGAGCUUCAGGUCAAAAACGUGAAACUACCCAAAUUGUCGAUCACUAAAUUCAGUGGGAAGUUAUCGGAAUGGCUAUCAUUCUGGAACACCUUCGAAGUCGAGAUAGAUUCAACCGAGCUGCCGACUGUGUCGAAGUUUGCCUAUCUGAGAGAACUACUGCAACCUAACGUAAGAUCGGAAGUCGAGGGUUUACCUUUCAGUUCCGAAGGAUACGAACGAGCGAAGAACAUUCUCAAGAAUGAAUACGGGAAGACAAGCGAGAUUGUAAACGCCUACAUCCAAGAGAUUAUAAACUUACCGGUGAUAAACGGGUCGAGUCCAGCAAAAGUUAAUGACUUUUAUAAGACCUUAUCCCAUAACGUACAGUCCUUGCAAACAUUGGGAAAAAUCGAGAGGGUGAACGGGAACACUCGUGUCGUAUUAGAGAAACUGAAAGGCAUUAAAGCGGAUUUAGUUCGCGGAGAAGAAGGAUGGCAAGAUUGGGACCUGCCACGCUUGGUCAUAGCCUUGAAAAAGUGGAGAGAUAUCAACCCGGUCGUGAACACGAACAGUAAUGACGACAAGUCCCCACCAAAACAAACUAUGCGGCGAUCAAACUUCUACCAUGCUAAAGACGGUGAGCGAAAACAGCGUUCCUGCGUGUAUUGUGGCGACAAAACCCACUCGUCGAAAGACUGCACAAAGUUAGCCUCCGUGACCGAACGAAAGAAAUUCCUGGCCGAAUGUAAACUUUGCUUUAACUGCACUGGUGCGAAACAUCGUGCAUCAGAAUGUAGAAGUACCAUGACGUGCCAGAACUGUCAGGAAAAGCAUCACACAUCUAUCUGUGGGAAAACCACCACCACCGAGGGAGAGAAAUUAAUGACCGCCGCGGAGAACCAUGUCCCAAUGGUAUAUCCAGUGGUAGUUGUGAAUGUUGGAGGAACGAAAUGUCGUGCGCUGCUCGAUACCGGGGCAGGAAGUUCUUACGCUUCUGCUACGCUGUUGAACCGCUUGAAAACCCGUAACCAUCGACGAGAGACGCGUCGGAUAGAAAUGAUGCUGGGAGUCGUGACCCGUAAUAUGGAGUUGUCCACCAUCAACGUGCAAUCGCUGGACAGUCAAUUUGACAUGGACGUGAGUGUAACCAAAGUAGAUAAACCCGAAUUGCUACAUGUCGACAAUCCCAACUACGACCAGCUGAUUACCAACUACCCCCACCUUCAUGGCGUCACCAUGAACGAUAACGAUCAAAAGCCCAAACUACCAAUCCACCUGAUUAUCGGAGCAAGCGACUAUAUCUCCAUCAAAACUGACCAACCAGCCCGUGUAGGAAAGACGGGGGAGCCCAUAGCAGAACUGACGAAAUUCGGGUGGACAAUAAUCGCGAAGGGUAACGAGAUUGACUAUGCCGCCUUGCUGAUCACACAAACAAACCAAAGUGACUAUGAACAACUUUGCCGUUUGGAUGUUCUCGGGUUGGAAGAUCGACCAGAACACGACCAAAGGAGCGUCUACGCAGAAUUCCGAGAACAACUCGUGCGCAGUGAAGAAGGCUGGUAUGAGACUGGACUACCAUGGAAAGGCAACCACCCUACCCUUCCAAACAACAAGACUGGGAGUUUGCGACGCCUUUCCAACCUGACACAAAAACUAAAUCGAACUGAACUCCUUGAAGCUUAUGAUGCGAUAAUCAGUGACCAAAAGACAGAAGGAAUUGUUGAGAACGCAUGUGAACCUCCUAUCGGAAAUGAGUUCUACAUACCCCACAAACCAGUGAUACGGGAAUCAGCGGAGUCAACCAAGUUGAGAGUUGUCUACGAUGCAUCAGCGAGAGCCUACGCAGACGCGCCAAGCCUGAACGACUGUCUCAACGCUGGUCCACCUCUUCAAAACCGUCUGUGGGACGUGCUAGUCCGAAUGCGCUUUCAUCCUGUAGCGGUGACGGGAGACCUGAAGAAAGCCUUCCUGCAAGUCAGAAUCAAGGAAGCAGACAGAGACGCAUUACGGUUCCACUGGAAACCACGCGAGCAGAGUGAACUGCAAACAUUAAGAUUUACGCGAGCGUUGUUUGGCCUUACCUGCUCUCCAUUCCUGCUCGGCGGAGUCGUCGAACAACACCUUAACGCCUGGGAGGAGCGAAUGCCAGAAGAGGUGAGCGAGUUACGGAAGAGUAUGUACGUAGACGACUUCAUCAGCGGGAGAACAACAGUCGAAGAAGCCAAGCAACUGAAAAGAAACGCGACAGAGAUAUUCAAUGAUGCGACAUUUACGUUACAUAAGUGGCAUUCAAAUGAGCCAGAGCUGGAAGAUUCGCCUGACAAAUCAGCGGACGAAGUGACUUACGCCAAGCAACAACUAGGAACAACCAAAGGAGGAGAAUGUAGUCUACUGGGGCUUCCCUGGCACAAGUCUUCUGAUACCAUCAGCGUAGUCAUUCCUUGCGAGCCAACGAAGCCAACGAAGCGAGGAACUUUACAAAAACUUGCAAGAAUAUACGAUCCGUUAGGACUGGUAUCACCUCAUACCCUGCAAGGGAAGCUUAUCUACCGAGAAGUAUGCAAAAGAAGGUCGGAUGGGACGUGGAGAUCGAUAGCGAAGCCAAGAAAAAUCUGGCACGCUGGGAACGAAGUCUGCCGAACCAAGUCACAACCGAGAGAUCACUGGUAA